UAGACCAAAGAAAAAAAGUUAAAACAGCAUGAGGUCGAUCCCUAAAGCCCCUAAUUAUGAUUUAUGAAUAUUGAAUAAUGACGUAAUUAGCAAAACUUUCUUUUGCUGGCAAUGAAGCUUCUGAUUUCGUCUGCUUUACUCGGAUGAAAACUGAGGGAAACCUGAACAGCGCUUUUGUAAACAGAAAGUGUCAAUUUUGCAUCAUAGACAUGAUGGCAAGUCCUGAAAAUAAACCAGUAGCAGUAGUUUCUAUCCGGCUGGUGAGUGCCGAUUACUACAUGUCUAGUCCGAUUCCGGGAUUGGAUAUUGGUUACUCAACAUAUAGAGGCUUAGAAGUAAAAAAGGUUCCUGUCAUUAGGGUAUUCGGCUCAACUUCAACAGGUUAUAAGGUGUGCCUUCAUGUUCAUGGAGUAUUUCCAUAUUUAUAUAUUCCAUAUGAUGGAUCAGCUCCACCUGAACAGAUGGGCCACCAGAUUGUUAUGGCUCUUGAUAAAGCCAUCAAUAUUUUACAAGGCCAGGGUAAUUCAUCAUUUCAUCAUGUUUUCAAGGCUGUGCUUGUCAGUGGUAUUCCAAUUUAUGGAUUUCAUGCCAAAGAACAUCAACUAUUCAAAGUAUAUUUUUACAACCCAAAUACAAGGAAGCAUUCAUAUGACCUUUUACUGAAUGGAGCUGUGCUAAAAAAAAUUCUCCAACCUUGUGAAGCUCACAUACCCUUCAUUCUGCAGUUUCUUAUGGAUUUUAAUUUGCAAGGAAUGAACUUUAUUCACUUAAAAAAAGUAUUUGCACGCCGUAACCCAGUAGGUGAUGACGUCGAGAAUUUUUAUCCUAGUAAAGCUGAACCUGUAAGCACUUGUGAGAUGGAGCUCGAUUGUUUUGCCAGUGAUAUUUUAAAUUCCUUAGAUGUCCAAGAUGGAAUUCAAAUGAAUCCCGGUCUAGCUGCUUUGUGGGAAGAAGAAAUAGAGCGCCGAAAAGUGAAAAAUAUUAAUGUGGAUAGCAUAAACCCUCCGGCUUCGCAACCCAGGUCUCAAGCUUUACCAACAUCCAGUCACAUCUUUUACAAAACCAACUUGAUUAAACAGUUGCGCGAGUAUGCUAGUGAAACGGGAGAUGUAUCGCUGUCGUUCUGCGAGGUGAAUGAGCAGCUAGAAACGAGUUUAGCUAUUGAAACGCCAGACGGAGUAGAGGGUACAUUAUUGUCGGCUUCCAGUAUCGAUUUUCAUAGCUCACUGGAAACAAAGGUGUAUCAUCCUGUGGGAGGAGAUGCUGACUUAUUGGACAUCCUCUGCGAUUUGGCUGACGAGCACGAAUCGUUUGUUUGCACGCCUUCCGGAUCUUCAAGUUCUAUGGAUGAUACAGCAGUUAAAUCCCAAAAUUCACAAACUUCAAGACUGACUGUGACUACCCCAGUAUUAGAAUUUGUUUCCAGUGGGGAUUCAGUCGAGGAUUUACCUUACGACGAUGAUAGCGUCUUAGGGACACAACAUUCUGGAACCAAACCUGAUAAUAUAACUCAUACAGGCAUCAGCGACCCUAAAAGUGAUAGUGACGAAGAACGCGAAACCCUGGAAAUGUCCCAGAUCUUUGAAGAAUCAGAACACUCUGUUGAUAUUUUUAGAAAUGGCCAAGAUAAAAACAAUCGAUUUGCCUCAGGUUCCACCUCUCUUGUGCAAAUAGUUGAGCGAGAUGAAAUAGUUGAAGAAACCUCUUGUUCGUCAUUCGAAGAAUAUUUUCUGCCAAAUGUCGAUGGAGCCGACGACAGCAGCUCGGAGGACGAACGACAUGAUCCGGCAGCAACAAAGCGCGUAAAAAAGGAAAAGAAAUAUAAACCCUUAAUGUUUCGCUCGACGUCAAACGCGACCAUCAAUGAAGUAUCACACGAUACCUACACCGCUCUUAAACUGCGAUAUCCAUCGUCCAGCCCUACACGUUUUCCUAGUGCCUGUUCGACGUCUUUGGCAAUGACGCCUCGAACGAAUUUUUCAGUAGUCGACGAAACAUGUCUAGAAAGUAGCCAUACAUGCAGUCGACCACGAUCGGGAUUAACGACAAUAUCCAAUAACUCUGAAUAUACAGACGCUUUGUACACAAUGAGCUACUUAAGCCCUCUUCCCCUCCAGCCUCCAGAAUCGCCUCCGCGGCCGUUAACUCCAAUCAAAGACGUGCGAGUAACCAUACGACCUUUAUUGCAAGACAUUUCAGCUUUUGAAGACGCAAGUGGUUGUAAAGUCAAGAUGAAUUCCGGGCUGGUAGUGUUGAAGAGCCUGGAGGAAGAAAUUUUAGCUUACCAAAACCGAACCCUUCGAAAGCUGCGAAUCCCCUCUCAUGUUCCUCGUCAAGAGAAUUUAUUCAAACAAAAUCCCAGAAAACAAAAACGUAAGAGAAAGCCGCAUGCCGAAAAAGAAAUGAAGAAUCCUCUGAACAAAGAAUCACAAGUAAAGGAAGAAAGUCAACAUAUCGACAGAAGUGCAGACGAUUUAACGUUAUCGGAGAAAGUAAAAUUUACCUGCGAGCUCAGUCAAAAAGAAAGUUUUAUUGCAAUCGGAGGUGAAAGCAUGGAGGGAAAAGUACUAGAAACCAAAUCAGAAGAAACUAAACAAACUACGGAUGAAGAGGCGUGUGAGUAUGUAGCUCAAGAAAUGGCGAAAGAGAAUGAAGCUUCCAGCCAGACAAUUUACGAGGUCUCAGAAAGUGAGAAAGAAAGUACAACAUUAGUAAAGGAGUCACAAGACUACACUAGCGACCCUGGCAUCAACUUCCUCUCUUCCAUAAUUACUGACACUAACCAAUGCUCUAGAAUGUCAAAGCUUUCAAAUACGGAAAAUUCUGGAGAGGAGGCAUUAUCCGACGUUGAGUUAACCCCAAAUUUAUCACAAUCUUCGAGUAGUCAUCUGCUUCUUCCCAGCCAAAAUAGUACAUCCAACUUUUCUUGGAACGAAGACAGUAGUUGCCUUCUCCAAGAUAUUGCCGAGGCUGACAAAACUGCAGCAGAGCUACCCUCGUUGACAGAUAGUUCAUUAAAGCUGUACCCGCAAAUAUUUCAUUCGUCAAAAAUAUAUGCUACCGCCGUGGACAGCCCAAGUUGGGAGCGGGUGGUGUCCACCUUGAAUCUGUACGACAUUCCAUCGAAAGACAAUGGCAAGCCUUUCUGGAGUGAUGCCAAUGAUUUUCUAUCAACUUCCAAAACAAAAGAUGUUCGCCAGCAAUCAGUAACGAUUGGUACACAUUUGAUCUGCCACCUUCCAGAUUUCGGUAAAAGUUUAUGUCAGAUUGAUGGAAUAAGCUCAAACGAGGCGUAUGUUCCAGUCGUUCUUACUCCGCUUUCAAUGCCACCGUCUAGACAAAGCGUCAUCAAAUGGUUAGAAGAAAAAAAGAUUCGAGAUUCUUCGGAUGUUGCCCGGUCAUCAGUAAUCAAAACCGAUGCUUUAAAUAAAGCCGCGAGGAAGAUCAAGGCUGGUGAUCGGUCACAAUUGGAAGCACCGUCACUAAACAACAGUUUCGGAUUCAGGGUUUCAUUUGGAAACUGCCACGAAGCGAAAGCUGUACAUCAAAAUCAGUACUUGACCAUUUUGAGUUUGGAACUUCAUAUUGAAACGCGACAAAGUUUACGGCCAGAUCCGGAAUUUGAUGCUGUCGUCGCUUUGUUCUAUACUGUCACCAACGACGUGCCUUUAGAUAGUCCAACACCGGACAUGGUGACGGGUGUAAUUGUUGUUGACCCAGAAGAGACUCCGGAAUCCAACCAGAAAAGUAAAUUUUUCAGUCGCGCUGGAAUUGUCAACGUGGAAGUUCUUUCGGUUAGCAGCGAGGCAGCUCUUUUCGAGCAACUUCGAGAGCUUGUUAGUUUUUGGGAUCCCGAUAUUUUGGUUGGCUAUGAGAUUGAAAUGUUGUCCUGGGGCUAUUUGCUACAACGUGGGAAAAUCCUCGGAAUAAAUGUUCACAGUCAACUUUCACGGAUACCAGGAGCCUUUCCAGACCGACCCACAGGUGUUCUCGAAGAUAUCAUUGAAGGAGGUUACAUGGUAGAAAAGAAUUCAGACAUCACUAUCGGUGGUCGUAUAGUUCUUAACCUGUGGCGCAUCCUUCGAGUUGAGGUUGCGCUUCAAAGUUAUACGUUUGAGAAUUUGGUUUUUCACAUUCUACAUCGACGAGUUUCAACUUUCCCCUUUGAAAAACUGACCGGUUGGUGGCACAGCAAUCACGAUCGGUGGCAAGUAGUUGAACAUUACAUCUCUCGUGUCCGAGGCAAUAUAGAUCUCAUGGAACAACUUGACGUGAUUGGCAGAACAAGUGAACUAGCCCGCCUCUUCGGAAUUCAGUUUUACGAAGUUUUUACUCGUGGGUCUCAGUAUCGAGUUGAAUCAAUGAUGCUAAGAUUGGCCAAGCCUAAAAAUUUCAUCGCGGUCUCGCCAUCGGUUCAGCAACGUGCACGAAUGAAAGCACCAGAAUGGCUUCCACUGAUCCUAGAACCGGAAUCCAAGUUUUACACGGAUCCCGUACUGGUUUUAGAUUUCCAAUCGCUUUAUCCAUCAAUGAUUAUAGCAUACAAUUAUUGCUACUCUACGUGUCUGGGCAGGACGCAUCUAUUGGGAAAAAACGAACCGUUUGAAUUUGGCUGUACUCAAUUGCUCGUCCCUCCUGUUACAGUCCGAAAGUUAAUUAAACAAGAUUUGGUUAACAUAUCACCAGCAGGUGUUGUCUUCGUCAAACCGGAAGUUAGAACAGGCAUCAUACCGCAGAUGCUAAGUGAAAUUCUUAACACGAGAAUAAUGGUUAAACAGUCAAUGAAAGAAUAUGAAGGGGAUACAACCCUACGGCGAGUCUUCGAUUCACGCCAAUUAGGACUUAAACUGAUUGCUAAUGUAACUUAUGGUUACACUUCGGCUAACUUUUCUGGUCGGAUGCCCUGCGUUGAGCUGGGUGAUAGUGUAGUUAGCAAAGGUCGUGAAACGCUGGAGCGAGCGAUUCGUUUGAUAGAAGAGCGCAAAGAUUGGAAGGCACGGGUCGUCUAUGGCGACACAGACUCUGUAUUUGUUUUGUUAGCUGGUCGGAGUCGAGAAGAAGCUUUCAAAAUUGGCGAUGAAAUUGCACAUGCCGUUACUCAAGCCAAUCCUCAACCUGUGAAGCUAAAGUUUGAAAAAGUGUAUCAGCCAUGUAUCCUUCAGACCAAGAAAAGAUAUGUCGGAUACAAGUACGAGUCUGUAAAUCAAAAAGAACCGGUAUACGAAGCAAAAGGAAUCGAGACUGUGCGCCGCGAUGGGUGCCCUGCUGUUGUUAAGCUACUUGAACGUUCGCUACGCUUGCUGUUUGAAUCGUGCGAUGUCAGUAAAGUGAAAGUUUACCUUCAACGACAGUUCAUGAAAAUCUUGCAGAACCGCAACAGCUUGCAAGAUUUCAUAUUUGCCAAAGAAUUUCGGGGCCGCGAAGGAUACAAGCCAGGUGCUUGCGUUCCAGCUUUGGAGAUUGCCAAGCAACAAGCAAAGAUCGAUCGUCGUUCUGAACCGCGAAUUGGGGAGCGCGUCCCGUAUAUUAUAGUUUAUGGAUCUCCAGGAGUACCUCUUAUCCGUUUGGUUGUGCCAGCUAAUCAGCUGCUAGUAGAUACAUCGCUUCGAUUAAAUGCCCAUUAUUACAUAAGCCGGGCCAUCAUUCCUGCACUGCAAAGGUGCUUAGGUCUGUUGGGAGUUGAUGUACUUUCGUGGUAUCAAAACCUUCCACGAGUUGGUGUUGCGCCAUCGUCCCUAAUACAAAACGAACAUGGGAAUGCCCGGAAGGCAACCAUUUCCCAGUAUUUUGGUUCAUCACUUUGCCUCCUGUGUGAUGAGCCUAUCUUAGCAAACGGUCUAUGCGCUGCGUGUAGUUCUAAUCGCCAGGCCAGCUCGUUCUCCCUUUCGGCUAUGCAACGUAUUAGGGAGAAAGAUUAUACCGAAUUAAUCAGCCUUUGCCAGAGUUGUACGGACAACAUUCGCAUCCAGCAAGAUUGUGUCUCCAUGGACUGCCCCGUCCUCUACAGCCGUGUCAAGGCUUUCCAAAAUCUACAACAUGUAUCGAAAUGGAGUGACGCUCUAUCUCGGCUGUAAUUGUGCGCCACCAUCAUUUUAUUGUCGCUGGUUACAACGGAAAAAUCAGGCGCUAUAAAAAAAUCGUCAAGUUUUCCGUGGAUUCACACCACGAAGAAUGGUUGAUCGUCAUUGAAAUGGGUGUGCCAGAACUCACAAAAGCGAGACGAGGAAAAUAUUAUCGGACUAUAGAGGAAUUUGAGCUACUUGGCCUUGAUGUGUUUCAAGUGAGGGUUUACACAUGAUUGCUUCAUAUCACCUUGGACUGCGACGCACAUCUUGUUACCAAAUUUAUGACUAGUACUCCAUCAUCUACCGCGGAUGUAAGUGUGGCGGUAAUCCCCGUGUCUUCUACUUACCACGAAGCCGAUGGAGGUAAAGUCCUUGGGAGUAGGAGCACGACACAUUUUUUUAUGUAAUCAUAUAGUUUAUGAUAGUUUUUAUUCGCAUAUUCAAAUCAACUUUUCCAGUGUCGUCGCGGGAAAUAGAAGGUGCUGUAAUAAUUCAUGGUGAAAUGUGGUGGUUGAGCCCUUCCUUAGCAGACGAGGAAGUGGAAGAAUACUCUUCCUCGUAUUCUGUUAAUGGGAGAUGCGAGCAGGGCAAACUUCCGUCAAGGUCGAAACUAUUGGAUUUUCCGAACCGUGACACAUCAGAAAACACCUUUUGCACCUCAGUGCUUCCGGCCAUGACCUCGUUCUGUUUCUUAUUUUUCUGACCAUACGACUUGUUUUUGUCGCGCGACUUUUGUUGACUAGACAAACUUUCUCAAAACAAGUAGAUGAGCCCAUUUAGGCGGAUACGUUCCAUCAUAUUCGAGAACGCUAUGGCGCUCAUAGGUAAACAUUAAGAGAAAACGAAGCUCAUCUUGUGUCAGAUGCAAAAGUACCCCAUCAAUGACGUGUAAGUUUUUACUUGACGAAAUUAUGCCCAUGUCAUCGCGAUCGGGAAGGCAUCCUGAUUGCCAUGUGAAAGACGUCAAAAUUGUGUACAAUGCAGAACUGAAAAUCCUACGCCAUUACCGAA